GUUCAGGACUGCGCAAGGCAAUUGUGGGUGCCAUGUGUGGCCAUGGCCUCCAGGGUUUGUGGACCCUGGGGGCUUAGCAGGUGGACAGCCCAACUUUAAGAGCUUCAUCAGAUCAAGAAGACUUUCAAGCAACGCAGCUUAGACAAGACUUCUAUUUUCUUAACUCCAUCAAGGCCUCUGAGCUACCCAUUUUUAGGAAGAAGAAAGAACAGUUCUAAGCAAUGACCAGCAGCCCACCCCCACCCUAUCCUGGGGGUCCCUCAGCACCUCUAAUAGAGGAGAAGAAUGGCCCACCCCCUACUUCAGGUGGAAUUGCCCCUGCUGUAAACCAGCCUCAAGGGACACACGCACCACCUUCAGACUUUGGGCCUCCCCCAUAUGAACCUCCACUGCAGCCUGGGUACAUCCCUCCUCACAUGCCCACAGAAGGCUCUGGGCCCUACAUGUCCCAUGGUUAUUAUCCACCCCCAGGACCUCACCCUUCCAUGGGCUAUUACCCUGGUCCAGGGCAGUACCCCUCUCCUGAUGGCCACACCGCGACCAUUAUUGUACCAUCAGGGGCUGCUACCACCGUCACCGUGUUGCAAGGGGAAAUAUUUCAAGGUGCCCCUGUGCAGACAGUGUGUCCUCACUGCCAGCAGGCCAUUACUACCAAGAUCACAUAUGAAGUAGGCCUCAUGAACUUCCUCCUCAGCUUCUUCUGCUGCUUUGUUGGAUGUGACGCGGGCUGCUGCUUUCUCCCGUGUCUGAUAGAUGACUUCAAGGACGUGACACACACCUGCCCCAACUGUAAAGCCUACAUCUACACAUACAAGCGCAUGUGCUAACAGUGCCCCAGGCAGCCAGCAAUAUUGUCACCUCCUCUGUGCUGCUGUACCGACCUAUGCGUGCAGAAUGCUCUAUGCUUUCCCCUUUUGGUGGUGUGUGUUUAGUUUUCCUCCAUUUGAAAGAGCUUUAAAUGCCUUUAGAGCUCUGGUGCUCUCACUGACCAUAGGAGCUGCCAGCCCCUGAGAGCUCAUAUGCCGGUAUGAGUGCACAGAGUAGCUAGGCUAGGCUGCACCACAGAGCGCUACGGCACAUGCCUUGCUGUUCCCAGCUGUCUCUCUCGUUCUCACCCUUGUGGCUAUUAUACAGCAAGUUGUAAGUAGGAUUGUGAAUGAAAGGCAUUGUACAGAAGACUUUCCUUCCCUUGUAUAUGCACCCUCCUGGUAGCCACACUCAGUGGUCUGCUCCUACCUCAUCCCUUGGGACCCUCCAGGAAAGUCACUGUUAGUAGCCUCCGUUAAAGGAGACCAUUAUUGUACAAGGCAGGCAUCAUUUAACUGGCAGCACGCGCAGCUGCCAUUCUAAAAGGCUCUUGCCCAGUCACUGUCCUUCUGCCACAUGCAGAUAUCUCCUGUAUUUCCUAGCAUCUGCGAAUGUGUCGUGGGGUGUGCCCUUCUCCCUGAGGGGCUGGGAUUGUCUUUAUAUGCUCUGUUCUUGGUCUCUGAAAGCAGAGAUGUAAUUUGUUAAGAGUUACAGUUUUAUGCUUUUGAGACCAUAUGUGAAAGGCAAGGACACCUUUGUGUCUGUCUAUUCGUUCAUCCCUGGGUGGGGUCAAUUCUCCGACAGGCAGCAUGAUGCCUCUGCAGGCAGCUUCUGUUGAAUACUUGUGGUCUCCUCCCCUGCCAGGUCUUGCUUGUAGGCUGUUUGUUGGCUGGCUGUGAGGCAGGCAUGACUUGCUGGAGGCAAAAGUGCUGCCCUCCAUGGGCUAUGCAGCAUGAAAGGGAAGGUUUUAUUUUAGAAACAGUGUUUGCUUAUUUUCUUUACAUCUGCUGCUGAGGAAAGCACAUGCGUUUCCUCCUCUAAAGCCUAAUCAGCUCUUUCCUUGCCCUGGGAGGAUGGGAAAAGCAGCAGGUCCACUUACAGAGGGCAGACAGGUCAGGUCAGAGAUAUGAGGCUUAUUUCUGGUGAAAAGCUUUUGAGUCUUAGAGCCUCUGAACCCAUUGCUGCAGUGUCUCCUGAGGUUUCAGUCUCCCCUCCAGGAGUGUAGUGGCCCACAUGGUCAUGAAGGGACACAUUGGGCUGCCCCCAGCUGGUGGAUUACAGUGAGAACUAGCUAACCCUGUAUCUGCCAUGUUUUGGGCACAGGGAAAGACAUAAGCCUUGCUUUGCCCCUUUUAAGGAUCAAACCCUCAGGCACUGUGGCAGAAGUCAGCAGGUCUUGGAACUUCAUACCUGCAAGUGUGGGCUGAGGAGACUUCCUUCUACCCCCACAGAUUUGCACUGCCUGGCUUUGGAAGGGAGCAGCAGCAACAGGUCUGCUCAAGUCCUGCGUGAUCUAGAAUAGGGAAGACCUUUGGCAUUGGGUAUUGCCAAAGGACAGUGGGGAACAGUGGGGAACCAUCAUGGGGGUUCUGUUUUUUCUGGAUCUCAGCAUUAUAAAGCCUUUCUUCCCCUUUCCCAUCUUGAGUCUAGUGGAGAAUAAAGGAUAAGGUGAGAAGUUCAGAGGAGGUGGGUUUUCGCAUGAUCUCAUUAACUUGGUGGUAUUUGGUAGGAUCAGGCUGUCAAAGACAUUACUGGAGAUGUAGCUGUCUACUGUGAGAUUUUCCUUUACCUUUAUUCUUCCUCUGUAAACUUCUACUUUAAGUUCAGUGAUGUAGUCUUCAGCCAUUAGCCUUUGCCACCAAGAUCCUUGGGUUCAAAUCUGCAGCCAGUCAUGACUAGUGGGUGUGAUGAUCUCACUAGAUGUCUUUGUCUUGUCAAAUCUGUCCACCAGACUGGCUGUCUUCAGUUAAGAGAACUGUAUUACAGGAGUAAGGGAUGGGGAGAUGAGUGGACUCCUGAAGAGGUCUCACACUCCCAUCUCAUGAGACAGCUUGAAUCUUCAUCAUGCUCUGCUCCAGCCAUUCCCAUGGACCCAGAACACACCUAUUGAAUCUGCACCAUGUAUUGCAAAGGAAUGUAUAUAGCUGGCUGUAUACACCAAGUCCCCGUCUUAUAGUUUUCCCCCUACGCAUGUGGGUUUGUAUCUCUUACCUUGGGUUUUGUGUUCUAUUGACAUGUAACAUGAGGGAAUGGGGGUGGCUGCUUGUGAAUCACCUUCAACCCACUAUAUUUUACCUAGUGACUGAUGUGCCCUCACUUGCCACAAGAUGGCAGUGUGAUGCAGGUAGCAUGUAAUACCUCAGUGCAGCAAGAUAGAAGUUAGUGUUUGUUUUUUAAUUAAUUUAAUUUAAGCAUACUGUUGUUAAAUGGCCAUCAAGUUCUAACUAUAACUUAUGUGACGUGAAUUUUCUGCCCUUUGAGCCGAAUUGGGUUUGUGGUAAAACUCUCUGGAGAAAAACUGUCCAUGGCUGCAACAUAAUGGGAAGCAAAUGAGCACUAGUUACUCUUUGUUUGCUGUUCUGUUCUGUGUGUUUAAGUGCUGGCAAGAGGGAAUGAAGGUUGAGGGAUAAAACUAGCUGGUGCUAUUGAGAAUGAGGAGCACAAGGUCCUUAGGGAGUCUUGGCUGACUCCCCCUUUUUCAAUAGCUUCUAUUUCAUUUUAGUCCAGCUGAUGAAAUCAUUCCCUAUUAGUGCAUGGCAUCAAAAUACAAUGUGAACUUCUGCUCUGUGAUCAUUUAUAUCCCACUUGCUAAACUGGGUUGGAUGAAUGAACGUGGACCUGUCAUCUCCCCCAGACCAGCCGAGACUUCUGGGUCAUGAAUUUUGAAACUGGUCACAGCAUGACCCUGGCUCUCAACUGUUACAGUUGAAGUGUGAUCUGUAUAGAGUCAAAUAUCCAUUUGACACCAGUGGGUGAUACUUAAUUCCUUGUGGAUUGAUUUUUCCAGAUGUUCUUCAGGGCUUUGUAUGGUGUCAGAAGUGAAUUAUUUUGCGCUCAGAAAAGCAAACUGUUAAUGCUUUUACAUAAUGUUUGUAUAUAAAUAAAAGACAGACCCUGAUCUCACUGCACUGCUUUCAUUGUAAGACCUGUGAUCUAGGUGAGUUGGGGAAUGGUGGUGAGAUGGCUCUUUUCUGUCUGGGGUAAGAAGUAUGCAAGGUUCAGCCAGAUAGCACUGGCUUUCUGAUAGCUAUUCAGUGGUUUUCAGUCCAGCUAUUGGAGAAUUGUUGGUCAUUGCCAACACACUGUGGCUCCUCUUUUGUUGGAAACUAAAGGUUUUUUUGGACUUGCCUUGAGGUCUGUGGCACAUUGGCAAGAUGGUGAUCACAUUUUUUUGUGGCUGGGUAAGCUGUCUACCAUCUCUGUGGCUCAAG